UGGCUAAGGCUCGCGCACUCCUAUAUAGAGAUCCAUGAGUGGUUUUGUUCAAUUUCUCGUUCGGACAACUCUUGAAGUUAUUGUUUGAGAAUUCGACAGCAAAAAGUGUCACUCAUGGCGAGCAAUCCGAUCUUCACGGUGUCAUUCAAGGUUGAUGUACCUAAAGUAGCAGAACAACGCCCCGAUUGGGCGACAUACAGGCACUUCAUUGAGGACUUGCGCGGUCGAUUAAAAUCGGAGGGACGUUAUUCACACAAUCGUCCCGUACUUCCUCUUCAGAGUGAUAGCCUUGCUUGGUUCCACAUCAUACUACAAACCACAACUCAUGCGAAAGGGAUCACGUUGAGGAUUCGGCGAAACAACCUCUACUUGGACAGCUACCAAAUGGAGAAUUCUGAGCAGUGGUUAGAGUUCGGAAGGACCAAUGAUAGUCAUCUAAUUCCCGGAUCCACUUUCUUGGGCUUCCGUGGUGACUACAAUGACUUAGAAAGUACUGCAAAACGAGGGAGGGAUGGCAUUAAUCUUGGCCAGGACCAACUCACAACCGCUGUUAACCAACUCGCUACCUCCACAGAUCGUCGGGUGAGGGCGGGUUCACCGAUUAUUGUUAUUCAAAUGAUUUCCGAAUCAAUUAGAUUUGAUCACAUCUCCAACCGUAUCGCUGCAACAUUUAGCGAUGUGCUACCCCCUGAAAUUCUAGCACUAGAGAAUGGCUGGGGUGACCUGUCAAAUGCAUUGCUGUGGGACGAUGCUAAUCCUGUGGGUGGCUUUCGACGACUUCCGCAACCCAAUAGAAUGAAUAUAAGGAUAGCUGAGGAAGCGGCUGCCGCAAUUGGCAUCUUGCUUGGAUUACCACCAAGGGUAGCACGGAUGGUUAAGGCCUUUGGACUACUAGCGCAGGGCACUCAGGGACGGCCACUGGUGGAGGUGUUCUCGGUGGUGCGCAUGAACGACACUGGGGGCAAGUUGUACGGCAUAAUCACAGUCACCGACGGUGUGCGUUCUCAAUACAUCUACAACAAAAAAAGGGAUGAGGGCGAUAGCGGUUUGGCAGCUUUGUUGAGUGGCCCAGCUGGAUGCAUCUCUGCCUAUGGAAGCUUUAUCAUUGAUAUGGAUCUGAUGGAUGACAUCAAAGGGCAGAUCUCAAGGAACGUUUACGAUAUCAAUAAUGUGUAUGACCAGCUCUUGCAGGAGAAUGUUAAUGGAGAGAAAGGUUCGGUGACAGUGAAGUACGCAGUGUUUCGUGAUGCAGUGCAAGCUAUUGUGGAAGUUAUACUCUCUAAUGGAGAUGGGAAUAACCCUGCCUACGUGUAUGGACAGAUUACUGCUCGCAAUAGCAACUUUACAAUUGAAAGUACCCUCUUUCAGAGGACUUUGGAUGAGAAGGGAACAGUACGUCCUGGGGAGCCCAUUCCUUUGUCUAGAUCUGUAGUAGCUGUGCCAUUGAACUCCUCCCUCAUAGUUGGGGGGAAUCUGUUUGUGAGCAGCGAAAGGGAGAUUGCUAAGGGCACUGCGGAGUUCCCUGCUCAAGUCUCUGGUACAUUUGAGCAGGAUAUUAGUGGCACGUACGGCAGGAUCCGAGUGAAGGUCACUUGGACUUUAGAUAUUUAAAUUCAUAUGCUACCAACUAAGCCAUAAGAUAGUGAUAGUAUGAGUAGUUCUUAUAUGUUUGGACUUGGAUCUCUACGAGUUAUUGCUAUGUUUCAUGAAUCAUAGUAGUACGUAGAUUGUUAUGCUUCCUA